CACCGACAUUUAGGGAUGGGCCUCACUGGCUCUCCAGCCAAUCCCGCCGCUCGCAGGCUCUUGGUUUGUGACGAAGCAGACAAGAGGCGGUGUUUCAGUGUAAAGUUACGUCACCUUGAGAGCUGGAAGAGCUGUUUGUCUGUUGCCAUGGCAGCCUCAGCAUUCAUGGCUGAGCCAGGUGAUCCUGCAGAGGGGACCUGGCAGAGAUAUGACUUGGGUUUCACCGAGGCCAUCAACCAACAAAUGAGAGUCCCUGAUAGGCUGAAGGUAGCAGACCCAUCAUUGGGAGGCAAGGAAGAGCUGAAACGAGAUGAUCCACCCCCAUCGUUCAGUAUGCACCUCCCUGAUAGGCUGUCACUGGCAGAUAUGCCGGAUUUGGGUCCACGCCCCCCGUAUGUCAACAAAUCCCCCCAGAAGUCCUGGAUUGUCCCAUCUGCUGCGCUGCACACCCCAUCUCCGCUGGGGAUGCUCCAAGACCAGCACACAGGGGGUUGGGAGAGGGGAAGAUAUACAAGAGAGGCAUCCCUCCGCAGAUCAAUGAGCGACUGUGCUUUCAGCAAAAGCUCCUCCACUAUGUGUGUCUCUAAACAGCAGCACAGUCUCAGAGAUGCGGGGCCCCCGUGCUCCGUACCUCUCUACCCCUCGACAGGACCUGACCCCAACCUCCUGUCCUCGCACGGCGUGCUUAACGCAGCUAAAUAUGUGGGGCGGCAGGUCUCACAGCGCCUCCUGCAGGCCAUCAAUCAAAAAUUUGCCACCAGGUACAGUUUCCCUGAGUGUACCCAGGCUGACACAACAGACCAUGCAUUCACUGAACAUAGUAAAAGAAGUAUCCAUGACUCGGGGAUCGUUCUUGAAGGAGAGGACGUGGGGGUUGUGGAGGUUCUCGCACUUAGGAGACAGUUGAGUAAGAUGAGCAGGCGUCUGGCAGGGCUGGAGAAGCAGAGUGCGACGCACCGGCAGACCGAGCUGGUGCUGUUCACCCUCCUGGUCAGUGCCAGCCUCGUCAACAGCUGGCUGUGGCUGCGCAGAUAGCCCUCCACCUGCACCUUGCACUGUGACUGUAGAGACUUGAGUUAUAGCAUGAAACAACGUGGGCCCGACGCCUCUCUGUUCACACUCCGUAGAGCUGAUUCUGCAUUGGCUGUACUCUGCGAUUGUGAAAGAAUGGCAUGUUUACUGCAGCUAGAGAGAGACUCUCUGGAAUAAGGGAUCUGUACGGCUGACUGCAAUUCUCUGCGCUGUCGUGGCUACAGUGACAGCUGCACACCAACCCACAGGAGUAUGGGCUCUUCCCUGAAGUCUGCUUUCUGCUACACUUCACGUACUUUUACAGACGAUGCCCUUUUAAAUCAUAUUUCAGAAUAAGAGUACUUUUAUUAUUAUGGUAUGGAUGGUAUUUAGAGUGGAGGACUGGAGUGCAGUGUGCCCUAUUGGUUAGAAUUGAGUGCUAGGAGGCAGUGUGACCUAAGUCUAUAUAAAAGCUAAGGACUGGGAGGCAGUGCGGUCCAAUUGAUAGAAUAGAGAUAAGCACUGACAGGUAGAGAUCUAAUGGUAAGGACUUUAAAGUAGCUUUGUUAUUAGUAAAUGUUUGUUUUAAUACAAUGAAAAUAAAUCAAUAUUGACAUCAAUAAUAUGUAGGACGAUAUCAAUAUUCUAAAUAAGCAACUUAAUAUGCUAAAAAUAUAUUCUUUUUUAAAUUUUGUUGUAGGUUUUUAAAUACACUAUUUGAAUUUUACAA